AAUUAGGAAGAGCUGCCCAACAGAAGACACAACAAUGGCCGUGGUACAGGUCCCAUACACAAAAAUUUCAUCCUUGAACAUUGGUUCUUCAGUGACAAUCAAAGGGACACCGGCCAUGUCUUUCGUCAUGAGCCCAGAACUGCAGGUGGACUUCCACACCGGAACUGAAGAGGACUCCGACAUCGCCUUCUAUUUCCGAGUGUACUUUGGCAACUGCGUGGUGAUGAACAGCCGUCAGUUUGGGGACUGGAAGUCAGAGGAGAGAUACGAUGGUAUGCCUUUUGUGGAUCGCCAACCAUUUGAGCUGUGCAUCUCAGUGCUGCAAAAUGAGUACCAGAUAAAGAUAAAUGGCCGUCAAUGUUACACAUUUUCCCAUCGACUCCCGCCAAAUAGUGUGAAGAUGAUCCAGGUGUGGAGAGAUGUCUCCCUGAGCUCAGUGAGUGUCCAGUAGAGAAGGAUGUGACCAGAACCCCCGUUGUCAAGGAGAUCCCUCCCCCUAAGAGACCCUGUGAUUCCCAGAGCUGGCUAACAACAGGGGUUCUCUCCCUUCCCCCACACUUGGUCAUUAAAACUCCUGAGAACUUAACGAGAUUUGCUUCUUUCUUCUGAGGAAAAAAGAGAAAAAAGAUUAAGUGCUCAGCACGAAAAGGGGCAUGAGAGUACUGUGGGAGGGGUCAAGGAAUCAGAGGACAAAUAUUUCUCGGACACAUGGAGUGAGGGGCAGGGUCAUGAGAUGUCUGAGAAGGCAUUGGUGACAGUAUCCUUAUGUGGUUCUUACGAUACGCCAGGCACUCUAAAGCAAAAUCCUUCCCCAAUUUCAGACAGCUAAACCAAGAUAUUAGGUACCUGUCUCAAGCCAGAAAGCUAUAAUUGGUAGCUGGGGAAGGAACUUUGUAUUCGGAGGACAAUCAGGUGAGAUUUCUUAAAUCUUCCUUUAUUCCAAGGAUGUUUAAUAUAUCUAUGGUCACUGUGCCUGGCUUUGUGUGAGAUGCACUGGGAAAAAUAAAGAAAAUGACAAGGCCAGCACUUAAAAAGUUUUCAUCCAAGAAAUAGUUGGAAAACCAAGAUCUACCUCAGAGAAUCUCUUUUUUCUAUUACUCAAACAAUUGCAAGAUUUUUCAAGUUAUGUGGGCAGAAACCUGGGACAUGUUUGGUAAUGAACUGUUAUGAUUUUAGGCCAGGGAGGAUACAGUUAUUGUUAAAACAAGAACAAUUUAUACACGGGAUGCAGUGACCUGACUCUGGCUGUGAUGCCCCACAGAAUCAUUGCAGAAUAACAAACCUCUCCAAAAUAUAUUGUUUUAAAACAAUAAUUUAUGAUUAUGUCUCCCAGUUUUGCAGGUGUCCUGCACUCAUAUGGGUGGUGUAUUUUGUGGUUCUAAUCAGAUGGUAGUGGGAAGUGGAGUUCCCUGAUGGGUGCUUUCCUCAGGUCUGACUCUUCACUUGAGCUGGAUGAAAGAGCUGGGGGCUGGCUGGUUGUUUCUCUUUAUACAACCUUCAUAGCUGUCUUAGACCUCAUCAACUCAUUCAGGUUUCAUGGCUUCCAUAGUGAUCCCUUGAAAAGGCCCAAGCAGAAGGUGUAAGGUAUAAUAGGACCUUGCUCUAGAAGUCAUGCAAUGCCACACCCUUCACAUCCUAGAGUUCAAAGGUGAGUCAGAGAGACAGCCAUAUCAUGUGGAGGAGACUACACUAGGGCACGGGUGUGUUGACUUGUGGUUCAUAGAAAUCAUCCUAAGAGACUAGCUAGCGUUCCACCCUCAGGCCCCAGAGACGUUCACACUUCCCACAAACCCAAAACACUGAUUACUUUCUAUGGGAUUUCCAAAUGUAAUACAAUUACAGCACUAAGCUUGGGACAGAAGUCCAGCGCCUCACCAUCAAAAUCAGGGCCUGGUGCUCAUGAAGUGAACCGAUUAUAACUUCUCAGGUGCAGUUCCUCUCAAUACGAGCACUAAAGGGACAAAAUGCCCGCCUCAUACAUGCCAGACAUACGUGCUGAAACAGACACAGAAAAAAAUGCAAUCCACACCUCUAUGUUAAUAGGCAGCCAUAGGAGGUGUAUAGCAGCCACUGCUUCGUUUCAUAUCUGAAAACCAGCCAGGCUCAUAUCUACCUUUUUCUCUGGAAUUGUUUCUCUGCAGUAAUAGCGGCCACCCUCCUUUCUUAGCUUCUUUGAGUUCCUGCCUAGAUGUCAGAAUGACUAUUCUAGGGGCUCUGAUAAUCAGCCUCUUAGCAAGUCUGGAGAACCACUUAGGAGACACAUUACUUAGAAGAGAUUAUUCAUAAAAAUAGACCACGACAGAUUUAAGAACGUCUUCUGGAAAUAGCCUCUUUCUCCACAAGGACUACCUUGGGCAUCAAUCACAUGAUCUCUCACCAUGUCCAUUGCCACGGCGUCUUCUUCAACUCCAACCUCUUAACUGGAAUGCUUCUUUCCUUAGCCUUCCUCCAACCUAACGUCCAGAAGCCUUGAAGUGGCAACACAUUGCUAAUGGCACUGGUCAGGCCUUUCUUCUGGGUUUCAUUUCACACUGGGAUGAAAUUUCCCCCUCACUACCUGUAAACUCCUGAGUUCUAAUUAGGCACAAUCUUCUCCUUUCAAAUACCAAAAAUAGGUGUUCCCCCAUUGCUCCCAUGUCCUCACCUUCCCAAGAAAACCACAUUCUGAAUUUGUUUAUCAUUCAUUUUUUCCCCAAGGUCCACCAUUUCUUUUU